AUGGGUACUUUUGCGGGCGGAGGCCGCGGAAGGUGGGUUUACCCAGGCCCAACUACGGAGAUUACUUUCGAGAACGGCACUAGUUUGGCCUUCGACAACUUCGCUAGGGUGCUUAUACCUUUCGACGGAGUCACGGAUGGCCAAAGUUUGUACGAUCUGUGGUUCACCCCAAAGGAGACGACCUCUGCCGCCCCAACAACCACAGCCGCAGCUAUAUCUACUAUUCCCGCGACCACAUCGAUUGUAGCCACUAGCACUCCCGCCCCUGGUUAUCCGCCGCCAGUUGUCCGACAAAUCAACAACUUGAUCGGCGGAUAUUACAUUGACGAUGAGGACUACACCGAUGUUGCUGUCCUCAGCGUGCCAUCUUUUGUGUCACUUGAUAGUGCAGAGGUUUCCUUCCAGGCAACCAGCAAGGAGUUCAUCGCGAAGGCCAAGGCAGCUGGCAAGACGAAGCUAGUAAUCGAUCUUAGCGCCAAUGGUGGAGGCACAAUCCUCCAGGGCUACGACCUAUUUAAACAGCUUUUCCCAACGAUAGACCCUUAUGGCGCACAACGCUUCAGGGCGCUCGAGAGUACCAACCUCAUUGGCCAGAAGUACUCUGAGAUCUCUGAGAAGGUGCCGCGUACUUUGGACACGACUAAUGAGACACUGCUCAAUAUUGAGUACGACAUUGCCUCAACUCCAUUCAAUUACCUCACCGAUAAGGACCUCGAGGGCAAACAAUUCCCGAGCUGGCCAGCAAAGUUUGGGCCUCAUGAGCAUUAUGGCGAUAAUUUCACCAGUCUGUUCCGUUGGAACCUCUCGGACGUUCUCACUCCGUUAAACAGUGGCGGAAUCUACAUUACUGGCUACGGAAACCUGACAAACGUCACGCAGCCUUUCGCUGCUGAAGACGUCAUUAUUGUCACUGACGGAUAUUGCGCCUCCACCUGCACCAUAUUCUCGGAAUUGAUGCGCCAACAAGCUGGUAUCAAGACUAUUGCUCUUGGUGGACGUGCUAAGCCUGGCAUCAUUCAAGCCGUGGGUGGCGUCAAAGGCACAAACGACCUACCCAUGGACUACAUCCAAUACCUAGUCCAAGUGGCUUAUGCCUACGCUACCCCUGAAGAACAAGCUUACUACAACACUACCGAACUGGGCGAUUACUUUUCCAAUCUAGUAUUUGAGCGCGCCGCUCCGGGCACCUCAUACAACGUCAACUUCCGAGACGGCCUCAGGAAGGGUGACACCUCAGAGGAGCAGAUCCCGCUACAGUUCAUCUACGAGGCAGCAGAUUGCCGCAUUCUGUACACCCCGGGCAUGACUGUCGACGUGACGGAUAUCUGGAAAGCAGUAGCAGACAGCGCGUGGGGCGGAGACAGCAAGUGUAUCGCUGGUAACCUUGGGAACUCUACAGGUGGAUACAGGAGAAGGAGCACAGGGUCAACGCUGAAGAAGAGAGCCGGAAGCGUGCACGAUUACCCUCUCGAUCUUUAUACCGAUCUUCGCGGCAGCAGUGUGUCGUCGGGUGAUGGGUACAUGAUGCCGUAAAAUAUCCGAAACUUUCGGUUCUUCUGCAAAUGCGCAUGAAAAGUUUUGUUUCCAGCUUGUAUAGAUGCAUGAGACACGAUGUAAUAAAGUAGGU